AUGGGCUUCACCCGGAAUUUUCGAGUGCUGGAACAUCAGCGCGAUGGAUCCAUCUUUUUGCUGAAUCGCACCACCGGACUGGCGCUGUGGUUCCGCAACGAUGGCAAAUUCGAGGCCCUCACCGCCCCUGAAUACGAGCUUCACGGCCAGGAGUUGACCAAGCGUUAUGAUGUCUAUGGUGCCAUCGGCGUGCUUGAGCUCCCCACCGAAAAGGGCUCGGAUGUCACAGCCCCAGUCCUGCUUGUGGUCAUGGACUGCAAGAGCAAUGGUCGCCUACCAGGGUGUCAAGUGUACCACAUCAGCCGCAUCGACUUGGUAUAUCUCGCCUCGGCUGCCCAUGAUGAGCGUCCCCACGAUUACUACUGCACCUACUUGAAGCAGCUCUUUGCCACCGGCAGCUUCUAUUUUUCAGCUCGCGAGGAAAGCCUCGCUCCCGGAGCCAACUUCACUGCGUCCGCACGCCUCACGGUCCAUCUCCCUUCUGCCUGCCAGCGAGCCUCACGAUCGCCCGGGGAGCGUGACUCGAGCUACUUUUGGACCCGGGUUCCCUGGACCUGGGUCUCACGACACGGCAUUGCCAGCCAAGACUGGCUGCUACCCGUCAUUCGCGGCUCGGUGCAAAUUCGCACCGUGUAUGCAGGGUCAGAACAAAUUUGUUGCCUGUUGGUCUCGCGCCUAAGCAACGCCCGCAGUGGUAUGCGUUUUAAUACGCGCGGCGUUGACGAUGAAGGCAACGCCGCCAACUUUGUCGAGACUGAGCAGGUCAUUUUCGCGGGCAAACACAUUCUGUCCUUUGUCAUUGCUCGUGGCUCGGUGCCCAUCUUCUGGUCCCAGCCCGGUCUGAACGUCGGUCAGCACAAGGUGCAGCUCACGCGCGAGUUUGCUGCUACUCAACCCGCGUUUCAGCGCCACUUUGAUCAGCUUGCUGCCGCAUAUGGCCACACGGUGAUCGUCAGUUUAUUGGGACUGAAGGGCGGUGAAUACACUUUGGAAUCUCAAUUUGAGAAACAUGCCAGCACCUACGACCCCGACAUGCCGUUUGUCCACUUUGACGUUCAUGCCAAGUGCAGGGGAAAUAAGAAAGCCGUCAAAAUGCUGCCGCUUGUCAAACAGCUACGGACGUGGCUCACGUCGGACAGUUUCUUUAGUCUGACUGGUAAACGUGUCAAUCACGAGCAACUUGGCAUCAUCCGCGUCAAUUGCCUCGAUUGCCUCGAUCGCACCAACCUUUGUCAAAGCGUUGUGGGCCUUGCCGUUCUGGAGGAUAUGCUGGGCACGCUCAAAUCCGAGCUUGAUCUGCGAGAAAGCAAGUUGCUUGAAUUUCGUCGCGUCUUUGCGCUCAUGUGGUCAGUCAACGGAGACAACGUCUCUCGCUGCGUCACGGGCACUGGUGCCAUUUCUGGUGGAGUAAAGACAUCCAAGUUGAAGGACAUGCAGCGAUCCGUGGUCCGGACUUUUAAGAACAACUUUAUGGACAGUCGACGUCAAGCGGCCAUCGACCUGCUCCUAGGCACCUACCGUGACGGCCAAGCUGAUGAGCUGGUGAUUCCAAACGUUCUCAUGCGUCAGCGACUCGACGAAGCCAUGCGCCUUCGCAUCAAUGAUUAUUCAGAUGUCAUGCCCAUCAACGGCCUAUGCAUUGAUGAGUGGCUCAUUCGUCCCCGCAGUCGCCUCAGCGAGGACCAAGGCAAUGAGCUGGGCAUCUAUGCCAUUGGGUUUCAGGAAAUGGUGGACUUGAAUGCAUCCAACAUGAUCAAGACUGCGCAGACAAAUCGCUUGGAGUGGGCCAACGAAAUUUGCACAAUCCUGGGCGAUGACUAUGCCUUGCUGACGAGCGUGCAGCUCGUGGGCAUCUGCUUGUUUGUGCUCGUUCGGACCGACCUGGUCGACGUGGUUCGCGACGUCUGCACUUGCACCGUGAAAACCGGGGCCGGGGGCAAGGUUGGGAACAAGGGCGCUGUCGCGGUUCGACUACGUUUGUACAACACGCCCAUUUGCUUCAUCUGCUCGCAUCUUACGGCCGGCAAAAGCCACGUGGCCGAGCGUAACCAGGACUACCACGACAUUUACCGACGGAUCGACUUUGGCAAGGGACGUGUCUUGGACAGCCACUCGGCUGUGUUCUGGUUUGGCGACUUCAACUACCGCAUCGAUCUCGAGAACCUGGAGUGUCGCCAAGCCUGUGCUGACAAGGACCUGGCCACUUUGAAAGAGCAUGAUCAAUUGACGCGCGAGCGAGCCCGUCUCGCAGUCUUCGACUCGUUCAAUGAGCCUCCCAUCCACUUCCUGCCCACGUACAAGUACGACUUUGAUUCAGACGUCUAUGAUACUUCCGAGAAGCAGCGUGUGCCGUCGUGGACCGACCGGGCUCAGCAAAUCGACAUGAGCAAGGAACUGCGCGUGCGCGAGGAAAUUUUGAUCGAGUUGCGCAAGGAGCUGGCCACUCUGGCUGUGGAGUGUCAGCAGGGAAACCUGCCCGCCGUGGUGGUGCAACGUGCCAUGGAACAGUUUGGGGCCGUGGUCAUUGUGGACCAGUUGCCGUCUGGCUACCUCACACUUGUGACAUUUGCUGCCAUUGAGUCGGCAGAAAAAGCGUUGCGCUCUGUCGAUCCAACGAUUGAAGGGCUGCCGGUGUCACUGCGCCUAUUGGAUGGCUCGGACGCCGGGUCAUGGGCCUCUUUUGACACGAGCGUCGCGGAGUCGUUUGACCUUUCAGAUGCCGAUGUGGAUGACAGCGGCAUCUCAACUGCUGAUGACCAUGAGGCACGUGCUACUUUGGCGUAUUUGGAUCAACUCUCAUCGGGGGACUUGGACUCGGCCCUGGCUGAGGACGAUAAGGAGUCACUGUACAGCUCCACCACGUCUGGAAGCUCGCGGGUGAUGGGCCGCCAGCGAACUGGUCCCGUGGUCACCAAGGCGCGGUCUGAGAGUCGACCGCCCGUGCCGCAGCACAAGCCCCCACGCCCGUUGUCGCGCAAGUCCAGUGACAAGCCUCCCCUGCCAGCUCGCCCGGGCACCAGCUCGCCAGCGACUUUAUCAACAGCGUCAACAACUGGAGCAGGGUCAUCGGUGGCCAGUACCACAGCGUCGUCUGUAUCGUCGUCUGUGUCGGGGCCGCCGCCGCCCAGACCGAUGCCACCACGCGCCACCGAAUCCAAACCGCCACGCCCCGAGCCACCUCGCCCCGAACCGCCACGUCCCGAUCCACCGCGCGCAAAGCCACCUAGCCUGCGGUCGUCACUAGUUGAAAGUGAGCUCAAAUCGGCAGCCAAUGCCAUUGCACCGCCGCGCCGACCCAGUCCGCCCCGGCCCAUUCACAAGACUUGGGCCAAGCCUAGGCACAUAAUUGUAUAUUGUGUGUGUGUGCGCGUGCGCGCGUGCGUGCAGUGGAUGUAG